CCAUCGAGAGUCAUCAAACGUCAAACAUCAGCUCGUUUUUUCGGUUGUGGUGCAGCAGCAGCAUAAAAUAGUUUAUUUCAACCAUGCUGAGAUUCUUCAGUUUCGUCGCUCUGGCAGUCGUUGCAGUCUCCAGCUAUCGGGUGCACACCGGACAUCAUCACGAGGAGCAUCACCACGUGGAACCGCAGGCACAUCACAAGAUGGAAGCUCAUCACGAACCGGAACAUCACCAUCACGAGGAUCAUCACAUUGAAGUGCCCCACGAUUACUUCGCCCAUGCCAAGUACAAGUACGAUUACGGCGUUGAGGAUCCUCAUACCGGAAAUCAUCACUCGCACUGGGAAGAACGAGAUGGCGAUGUUGUGAAGGGAGCUUACACCCUGUUCGAUUCCGACGGAAGCACCCGGAUUGUGGAGUACACUGCCGAUCCGCUUCAUGGAUUCAAGGCAGUGGUCAAGAAGAUCCAACACAAGCAGCUGGAGACUCACGAGCAUGAGCACGAACAUCACGGACAUCACGGUCAUCACCAUGAGCCGGAACUGAAGAUGCACCACGGCCAUCACGAGCAUAUGGUUCACCACCAUCACGUGCACGAGCACGAUCACGAGCAUAAACACCACGAAUAGAUACCUAGACGGAGGAAGAAAGGGGGAGAGGAGGUAAUCUGAUGCGUGGGAGUGAUGCUGCGUGACUGACUGAGGCACCCACAUAAUUGUAGCCAAAAGACUUGUUAGCUAGUAAGUGCAUUGUUAAGUUUGAUACUCAACCGAAUAGUAACGAAGCAAAUAUAAUUAACUUUCCGAAGUUUUUUUUU